UUGGAAGAUGGCAGCCACUCCACUGAAUUCAUAAUAUUUGCUCAGCUCUUACUCACAUAAACUUCUCUUUAACUUAAACUUGACCACAUCUGGUUGACACAACUGGACAGGUAAAAAUUUGUGUUCAGAAGAAGCCAGUUUGUGACUCUGAAGUGACACAGAAAAAUGUGUCUGUAUUUAAAGGGUGAGAGGGUAAAGUCAUCUAAUAGAUUUUCUGGAAUUCUUGACCCAGCUAAAUAUUUGUUCAGUGACAGAGAUGACAGGCAGCAGUAAAUUGAGCUACAAUAACUAAAGACGAAUUCAUCAGAAAAUGGUUCUGCAACCUCGUCGUGUUCGUCUAAAGCCGUGGCUGGUGGCUCAAGUGGACAGUGGACUGUAUCCUGGUCUUACAUGGUUAAACAGGGAGGCCAAGAGGUUUCAGAUCCCAUGGAAGCAUGCUACACGUCACAGUCCUCAGCAUGAAGAAGAGAACACAAUCUUCAAGGCAUGGGCUGUGGAGACAGGCAAGUAUCAUGAAGGAGUGGAUGAUCCUGAUCCAGCCAAAUGGAAGGCCCAAAUGCGCUGUGCCCUAAAUAAAAGCCGGGAGUUCAAGCUCAUCUAUGAUGGCACAAAAGAAGUUCCUAUGAAUCCUAUCAAAAUCUAUGAGGUGUGUGACAUACCUCAGUCUCAUGGAUCAAUCAUUAACCCAGGUUCAACCGGAUCCUCACCAUGGGAUGAUGAUGACUAUGAAGAGGAAGAUAUAAACCAGUCUCAACUUCAUGUCCCAAUCCAAGAACCAUUCAAUGGAUUAACUAUAAAUGAUACUCCUAUGGUCCCUGCCAACAUUGAUCGUUGCCCUCCAGAGCCAAAUUGGCUGAAAUCAGAGCCACAAGAUAUGGAGGUCCCACAGACCCCAGGAGUGAUGGAAUUUUUCACUUCUGAUUUGUGGAUUAAUUCUCUGCCAAUGACAGAUUUAGAAAUCCAGUUUCUGUACAGAGGGAAAGAGAUUGGCCAAACAAUUGUCAGUAACCCCCAAGGGUGCCGACUAUUCUAUGGAGAUCUGGGUCCAAUGCCCAAUCAGGAAGAGCUCUUUGGCCCCAUAAGUCUUGAGCAGGUUCGGUUCCCUGGUCCAGAUCAAAUAGUCAAUGAGCGGCAAAAAUUGUACACCAGCCGCCUUCUAGAUGUCAUGGACAGAGGCCUUAUAUUAGAAGUGAGCGGACAUGCCAUCUAUGCCAUAAGACUAUGCCAGUGCAAAGUAUACUGGACAGGACCUUGUUCUCCUUCUCCAAAUGCUCCGAAUUUGAUUGAGAGACAGAAGAGAGUGAAACUUUUCUGUUUGGAGACAUUUCUAAGUGAACUCAUUACACAUCAGAAAGGAAGUGGAACUAAGCAGCCGCCAUAUGAAAUCUACUUGUGUUUUGGAGAGGAAUGGCCUAAUGGUAAACCAAAGGAGCGCAAACUUAUCAUUGUUAAGAUUAUUCCAGUGGUGGCCCGGAUGAUUCUUGAGAUGUUUUCUGGAGAUGUCACUCGCUCCUUUGAAAGUGGAAGUAUUUGCUUGCAGAUUUCUAUACCUGAUAUCAAAGACAACAUUGUUGCCCAACUCAAACAGCUUCACCACCUCUUACAGAACCCCCAGGCUCCCGAUGGCUGGCCAGGUAUGCACCCAAACAUGCAACAGCUAAAUCUGCAACAAACAUCAUUGCAGGCACCAAAUCUUCUUCCACCAAACCAUCAUAUUGGCCAUGAACUACACACUCAGUUAUAACAUGUAAGGCCUUGAGGACUGUUUGAGGAGAAUGGGUGUACUCUGUUGUGGCAUAGAGUACUGUGACUUUACUUUGUGGCCUAAAAAUGUACAACAGCAGUUAUUUUAGCCCUGGAGAAGAUAUAGGAGGCUGCAUUUGAAUUCAGCCACAUUGUGCCUUUUGAUUUCUUGUUCCAGAGUCCAGAGUACCACUGCUUAUAAUAUUAUAUAUUUAAAAUAUCUACAUUUCGGGAAAAAAAAAUAAAAAAAAUUGGGUAAAUAUUUUCCUUCUUCCGAUAAUAAGCAUCAGGUUAUGUGUAUAUAAUGUAUAUAUGUUUUCCAAAUGCCUUAAGAAAGCUGGAAUUUCUAUGGCACAUGCACCAAUAAUCACUUUUGUACAUCCUGUAUGUGCAUUACAAAAAGAGAAAGACUGCAUACUCUCCUCUCCUGCUGCCACUGUCACGUCUUCUGGACCCCACUGCAGUCAUUUUGUUCCCCUUCUCCUGCUCUUGAUCUUUGCUCUGCCGAGCUGAGCGGGAACAAAACAUCAGAAGGAGAAAGAAGAAGACCACAGGGACUGCCAGAUAAGACAGCUUGGGAGGGGGAUGAGUACACUGGCUUACAUUUUUUUUUACAUUUCAUGUAUAAAGGUAAUAUUUUUGAACGUAAACUUACUUUAUGGUCUAUCCACACGUACAGUAUUCUGCAAAGAUUUGAUGUGCAGGAUUUUCUGCUGCAGAUUUCAAUGUAAACUGAAUGGCUGAACACAGCUUGAAAUCCUGCGCAUCAAAUCUGCACAGAAUACUGUAUGUGUGAAUAGACCCUUAAGGUGUCUUAAGACAUUAUAGCCUUUGACUCAUUUGUGAAAUAUGUUAAAAAAUAGAUGUUUUGUCAUCACAUUCACUGUUAUCACUACACACUGAAUUUCAACUCUCCUUUAUAGUUUUAUUCUGUAGAAAGUAAAAUUUCGUA